GCGUUGGGCAGUGACCGCACCGCAGAGAAGUGAAGUUGAGCAUCCUGCAGGUCUGCAGAGAGGACUGAAAACAUUCAGCGUGUCAACUGAGAGCAAACAAGUUGAUCCACUGAUUAUGAUGGGGUACUUUGAGACACCUUGGACAAUUUCUUCAAUGACACAUGUGAUCAUACAUCCGUCCUCCUCAGUACAUGUGGGCCACUAAUGUAAUAUUCCGUAAAUGAAAAUUUGAAAGAUGAGAAGUCACCAGAAGUAAAUAAGAGUCCUAUACAUUUUCUACCAACAUUUCUUUCAGUUAAUGUUUUGGUUCAAACUCCAUAGCCUGGUCCAGGCAGACGCUUCCCACGUGUCUCUCUGAGGCUGUCCAUACAUUUUAUGGAGGCCUUGAGCAGUAGCCUGACAACCGGGGAACAGUCCGGAGGUCAAGAACAUAGUGAAGAAGAUUCUGCACAUUUGCAAACACCAUCUCCUUCAAAGCAACAACCAACUGACUCUUCGAAAAGUUCUCAUGGAGCACUCCAGCAGACCAAACAGUUUAAAAGACAGUUACCUGAACGCAAACGCCUCAGGGCUCAGCGGCAGAGUAUUGACUCAGACACUAUUCCCGAACACAAACAGAAAGAAACCAAAUCUGUUUCAGAAAACUCACCUGCGACCACACCUGGUGUCAACUCAACCAAAGCAGAAACCCAAGAGGGUACCCCUAAACAGAAACGUGAGCGAAAACCCCAGAAACCCGGUAAAUAUGUGUGCACAUAUUGUGGUCGUGCCUGUGCCAAGCCUAGCGUCCUGCAGAAGCAUAUUCGAUCACACACAGGAGAGCGGCCUUAUCCCUGCCCUCCAUGUGGAUUCUCUUUUAAGACUAAGAGUAAUCUGUACAAACACCGCAAAUCACAUACACACAGGGUGAAGGCAGGGCUUGCUGUCGGGGACACUAGACCUUCAGAGGAACAAAUUACAGAGUCAGAAGAUGAAGCCAGACAUCUACCAUCAGCUUCUACUAUUCCUUCAAUCAAAAACCUCGAAACAAACCAGGUCAAAGAUACUACUGCAAUGGAUAAUUCAUAUGCUGUACGGAAGAGACUGGCCAUGCGCCUUAGUAGAGGAAGAGUAGAGACCCCCAAAGAUUCAACUGAUGACAAGAACCUGUCUCUGAUAUUAGGCAGUAAAGAGAGCACUGAAUCAGGCUACUUUUCCCGUUCUGAAAGUACUGAACAGGACAUCUAUCCAAACACAAGUGCCAAAAGUUACGCAGAAAUCAUCCUUGGCAAAUAUGGACGUCUUGGACACCUACAAAGGAUGUCUCGUCAGAAUAACCAGCAGUCCCCAAGUCAGGAGGACAAAAGUGUGCCAUUCACAGUGCCCAAGAAGCAAGUCAUCGACCACAUCACCAAACUCAUUACUAUCAAUGAGGCAGUAGUGGACACCAGUAAAAUUGACAGUGUAAAGCCAAGGAGGUUUUCAUUGUCAAGAAAAAAUUCAGACCCUCAAAAGAGUUCACCUCCAAAAGAACCCCUUCUCCAGGUCCCCAAACCUGCGGAGUUCCUCUAUAAGAGCAGCGGUUCAAUUACUAUGGGAGUUCCAUGUGAGAAAUUCCAGCACCAUUCAUCAACUGUGCAACAGCCUGGUCAAACAUCUGCCCCUCUGUUAAGAAGCCACUCAAUGCCAACUGGAGCUACUUCUACUGAUGUUGCACCUAUGGGCUCAAAUAAAUACCGUCUGAGUCAGUCCUUUGAUGAAAGAGAACCAUCUGAAUCACAGGUACCUCGCCGAUAUGGAAUGCUGAGAAGGCAACCAGCAAUCGAUGGUGAGUGCGAAGGACCUCACUCAUUUUGCAGUGACUCUCUGACUACUGUGCCUGACCAUAAGCGGAGUCAACCCCAGCCAUAUGAAUGUGAGACCUGUGGCACGGGCUGCAAGGAUUGGGAAGGUUAUAAAAAACAUAGACAAACCUCGUGUUUAGUGCAUCGUCCCAGAAAUGAGGUGGUCGUCAGUCAAAUGGAAUGCUCCCAGAUAAUUACCCAAUCAGCCAGACCAGGGACAUUGACACUGCGCAAGAGAAGGAAAGCCGAGAGUUUUGAGCUUGAAGACCCUGCAUCUCCUACAGCUCUUUCUUCCUGUCCUUCAGAACAGUGUAACUUUGAAGGUAAUACAGGCUAUGAGAUCCCCAGAAGACCCACACAAACCUGUUCUGUCAUUCAGCACACAAGUUCAUUUGAAAAGCAAGAAUCUCUACCAGAUAGUCAAAGCACUGAACCAACAAAAGAUCCUCCAAUUCUCAGAGAUCCAGAUAUUUUACAAAAGCAGUCAGAACUGUCAGGAAAGGUCUUGAGUCGAAAAUUGGUGCGCCAACAUAGUGUUCAGGUGCCUGAAAUACUGGUCACAGAGGACUCACAUACAAACCCUGAUAAUGUACCUUCAACACCUGCAAAACCAUUAGAAAGGUCUGAAGAGUUCCAGUGGCCACAGAGAAGCUCCUCUCUUGCCCAACUUCCUAUUGAAAAACUUCCCCCAAAGAAGAAACGUUUGAGGUUGGCUGAGGCUGCCCAAUCUUCAGGAGAGUCCAGUUUUGAGUCCAUUUCCCUACCACACAGUCCGAGUCAGGAGAGUAGUGCAUCAUAUGCUUCUAGUCGGUCAACAUCCUUUGAGGAGUCAAACAGACUUGAGUCAGAAACCUUAACAUCUCCAAGAAGAUCGAGAGCUCCUCAUAUGUUAACAGUGCCUGGUGUCCACCCACAUCGUGAAAUGAGGCGCUCAGCCUCUGAACAAGCACCUCAUGACCUACAGCCACAGAAUGUUACUAUGUCAGAGACCCGCAGUAAAUCCUUUGACUACAGCAGUCUUUCCCCUGAACGCUCUGCACUAGGCUGGAGAGAGAGGCGAAAAUGUCUUUUAAUUAGGCACACUGCUGUCAGAGAUCCUGACGAAGAGGACCUGCCAUCCUCAUCUGUCCAUACUUCUGAAAAAGUGAGCUUUAGCCCUCAUACAACUUCUGUGUACUGUAGCAAGUCCCCUGACUCACCCUUACAGGGUGAAACCAUUUCACAAUACUCCAAAAGUAUAGAAAUCGUCCAACAGUGGAAGCAGCAAAAUGUGCAGUUAACGCAAAGCUUAGAACAACUUAAUAAAGUCGUGGGGUGUGAUAAUCCUUUUAAAGAGGAGGCCUUAAAAGUUCGUACAGAUCCUCUCUCUUCCCCGACCCCAAACCCUGCUUCUGCACAGGGAUUGUCAGGAGCAGCCAGAGCCCACUACCUACCUGUGUCUACAGGACUGAAGCUGGAGAUCCCCCCAGGACCCCGGCAGUCUUUGGUGGUUUCCCACAGCCACAUGCCUCACUCCAGUGUACCACAGAUCAUAUCCAGUGUGGAGCGUGUGCGACCCAUCACCUCCGCAGCAGUAGUGGUACGUUUCCAGACACACACCCUCACACCUGCCUGUGCCAUCUACACCACCCUCUCCCAGUCCUCCUCCCCCAGACCAUUGGAGGCAGUAGAUGCAGCGGUACCACACGCUAUAGAUCAGUCUGCUGUUGACUGUCUAAACUAUGGAAGAGCAAGUCCCGAGCUCCCGGAUUGGUCUGGAGAGCUGAGGGCCUCGGGUUCAGGGGCCAACAAACGCGUGCUCUCUCCUUCAAACAGCAUUGAACUAUCUCCAGAAUCACAACAGCAACAGAAGCGAGUGAAAGAGGACGAAGCAUGUGACAUUCAAGAACACAAACCAGAACCGCCAUCUUGCCGAACCAACGAAUGUCCUCCAGUCUCCCAAGCUGAACCUCCUUACCCUACUUUGUUGUCCAGUACCUGUAACAGCUGGUGCUAUUUGAACUACGUAAAACCCAACCCCGCGGCUCUUGAUGAACAGAAGCCCUCGGUGUAUUCAUCUUGGUCGACGAGUGGAUAUGACCCCAACCCUCCUGGACUGUCCAGCAAGACAGCCCUGUCUCUGGUGCAUUGUAAGCAAAGGCUUAGUCCGGCCAUCUACACUACCUCCUCCAUGUCAGCUCCAACUGAUGAGGCAAAGGAGGAGCACAGACCCAGAUCCCCAGAGACUUACCUCAAGACAGUGUGUAUAGACCACAGCAAAGAACAGCAGCUAGUCACCAUGGAGAACUUAAACAAGCCAUCUGAGGAGAAGAAGAUGGUAGAGGAAACAUGGAUGGCUAAAAUAAGAUCAAGUGAAACGUGCAGCUGUGAACCAAAGGACAGCACAGUCAGCCGUAAGGACUCCAGUGUUCAGCCAGAGAGCACCCAGGACUCUGCUCAGGAUACAACAUACAAUCUACUCUCUAGUACAGCUGUCACAUCAGAAGAAAGCCACACCAAAUAUGAAAAACAGAAAGGUGUUGACGAAACCUCUUGUGACUUAGAUGAGAAACGUACAGUUCCAGACCCCUGUCCUGCUGACUGCCCAAAGCCUCUCCACAAUAACCCAAAUCUCCAAUGCAUUGACACAGACAAACCCAUACAACCCGAGACUUCCAUCACCAAGGAUAGUGACACCCGGUGCGAUGAAGGAAAGGGACCUUCUGCUGUCUCUCUCCUCACCCCCACCCAUCGAGACAGCACUCGGACAUCGGCCAGUGUCAGGAGGGCUCUGUUUGCCCGGAGACGAUUUCAGCCCACCACCCUCUGCCCAGGCUCCCCCCAGUCUCCAGAAAAAGAACCGUCUCCACCUCCCUCACCCCACUCCCUGGUGCCUGCGUCAGCCUGCGCCUCUCCAGGUUGUCAUGUCAGCAGCUCCUCAGAGGGGCUGGGGCCUCCUCCUUGGUGCCUUCUCACAAGAAUAGCCCAGUCCCCUAAAGCAGGCUCCCAUGGGUCCCACCGCUCCCAGGCAAACACCCAAGACCCCCAGGAUGGCACGCAAUCAAAAAUGAGACUGUCUCCAUUCAAACUUGAUGUACCCCACACAGCCCCUCACCCCUCUCGCGGCCGUCUAACCCGCAACCUGCUGAGCCACCUCCCCCUGCACUCCCAGCGCACCGGCCGCUCCCCAAGUAUACUCAUCCCCAUCGGAGGCAUCCACAUGAUCCAGCCCAGGCCCUCCUCCUUUCGGCCGCCCAUCUCCUCGGCAACCAGCCCCACCAGUACCACUGGCACCUUCUGUAAGCUAACCGAUGCUAUGCUAUUCACCCAGCACCCUCCGCCUGCACCCUCCAGCCCCCCAGACUUCCAAGAAGCCAACUGCUGCGGAGAUCCAAAAGGUGAACUAGCUUCGACCUUACAGGAGUCCAGUUUAAACACAAAAAACAAAACUAAAGUGGAUUAAAAACACUAAAUUUUAAGGCCAAAUGACGUCUCCUUCUAAUUACAAAAAGAAGGUGGACUUUAAAGGGACAGUGCAAAACGUGAAAUGACUCAAAGGACAUACAGCACUUCUGAAUGAUUAUGUAAGUAUAUAAAUAAUAUAUGAAGGAACUUUGUUAAUUAUGCAGUACUUUUUGUAAAUCUUUUUUUACCCUCUCGUUAGAUGUCAUUGGUGUUAAUUUAUUUAUUGAUGUGCUAUUAUGCAAUUCUGUACUAUAUGCAAAAAGCAGCUGGAAUGAAAAAUCGCUAUAAGCCCUAUUUGAACAGCGCUAAUUAUAAUAUUGCUGUGUUAUUGUACUGUAUACCCGAAAAUGGAUAUAAGAUAGGUGACAAAUAUUUAUUCCCGACACCAGUAUUUGAAAGUGCAAUUUUUAAACGUGGAGAUUGUGGUUUCUAUAUGUCAUAUUUGUUGUUUUGUCAUUGUUUUGUGUUGGCAAAAAACAGGGUUAACAUCGCCGACUUUUUCAAACAAUUUUUUCGCUUAUCAUUGCCGCAAACUGCAAGUUUUUAUGUGCACAGUUAGUAGUUAUAAAAUUGUUACGUUUUGGAUUCCACAUAUUUCAGAUAGUACAUGUAUUUUUGUGUUGGC